UGAUUGGACAAGAUAAAUCUUUAAAAACCUGUAUCGCGCUGACGACAAUUUUAGUAAAUAAUAGUCAAGGAAGAAGAUUACAUCUGUGCCGCAACCGAUUUGGACUAGUCAUGAGUGGAUGUCCGUAUUUUGAGAAGAGGCAUUUGUUAUUCAAAAAUAAACCUCCCAAAGCAGAGGAAGAUGAUGAUGCAUCUCAGGCAGGGGUUAACAAAGCCAGUAAAGGAGGAAUCAUCUAUGGAGACUACCUGCAGCUUGACAAAAUAGUGUCAGCCCAGGUACUGCAAAGUGAAGUGAAAGGAAACAAGAUCCAUGAUGAGCACCUCUUCAUUGUCACCCAUCAAGCCUAUGAACUAUGGUUCAAACAGAUUCUGUUUGAACUUGAUUCAGUACGACACAUCUUCAUCAGUGGACAUGUCCGAGAUGAACGUAACAUGCUCAAGGUCAACACUCGCAUCCACAGGAUUGUAAUGAUCUUCAGACUGCUGGUGGACCAGUUUGCUGUUUUGGAAACAAUGACAGCCCUGGACUUUUUUGACUUUAGGGAAUAUCUUUCUCCAGCGUCCGGCUUCCAAAGUCUUCAGUUUCGGCUGUUGGAGAACAAAAUCGGGGUCCCAGACAACCUGAGGGUUCCGUACAACAGACGCCAUUACAGAGAUAACUUCAAAGGAUCGGACAGUGAGAUGCUGCUCGCCACUGAACAGGAGCCAACCCUCCUGAAGCUGGUUGAAGAGUGGCUGGAGAGAACUCCUGGUUUGGAGGUGGAUGGAUUCAAUUUCUGGGAAAGGCUGCAAAUCAAUAUAUUUGAUGGGCUGAAUCAGGAGAAGGAGAAAAUUGAGAAAAUGCCAGAUUCUGAAGACAAGGAGGAACUGAUGGCUGAGCUGGUCAAACAGAGAGAGACCUUCACAUCACUGUUUGAUGAGAAGCGUCACGACCACCUAAUGAGCAAAGGUGAGAGGCGGCUCUCUUACAAGGCUCUGCAGGGUGCUCUGAUGAUCUACUUCUACAGGGAAGAGCCGAGGUUUCAGGUUCCCUUCCAGCUGCUCACAUCCCUCAUGGAUAUUGACACUCUGAUGACAAAAUGGAGAUACAAUCACGUGUGCAUGGUACAUCGUAUGAUUGGCAGCAAAGCUGGCACCGGGGGCUCAUCUGGCUACCACUACCUGAGAUCUACUGUCAGUGACCGCUACAAAGUCUUUGUGGAUCUGUUCAACCUGGCAACCUUCCUGGUGCCUCGCCACUGGGUGCCCAAGCUCAAUCCCAACGUCCACACCUUCCCGUACAUGGCCGAGUGCUGCGACAGCUCCUACUGCAGCAGCGAGGACUCCGACUAGAGCACGUCUCCGUCAUCUGCCCUGGCUUCCUUUCACUGUAACAGAAAGUGGAUCAUUUGCACAGCUGAUAAGUUUUAGUGACAGAUACGUAGGUGAACUGCAAGCCAUCAAAGGACCACAUUUUGUUGAUGUUUCCAUUUUAUGCAUGACAUCCGGUCGAUGUAUGCACUGAAAAAUUAGUUACUCAGUCUUAAAUAUAACCUAUUUUACUCAAAUACUAAGAUGAAGUUCAGUUUUUGGAGCAGGGCACAGUUUAAUUUGAUGCUUUAUACCAUUUUUUUAAACAUGGUGUUGGUUUAAUAGAUAACACACAGAGAGGAUAAAUUCCUGAAUAUGCUCAAGGGGUAGAUUAUUUUUCCGGAUGGCUUUUCAGGAUGUAUUGGUAUUCUGACAUGUAAAUACAGAAAAAUAACAAAUGUAAAGUAAUAACUAAGUUUAUAUAUUUUAAUGUUCAGCAGGCACAAGAAAUAAAAAUAAAAUUAAACAGCAGCAUAAGCAGGGCUGCAGAGCCUGUUAUGCAAUGUCUGACAACAAAUAAAUCAAAUAGCCAUAUUAGACUAUUUUGCUUUUAUCUUGACUGCGAGUCACACAGUGCCGCAGAUGGCUCCUUGAUAAGAGCCGCUUGGAUGUUUUCUCAAUAAAAUUGCAUAAAUUAACUUAGACUGACCUGACAGAAAAUGGAUCAGUGAGAGCUGUGAUCAAACCUUGCGCGCAGGGACAUCGCUGAUAGUGACGAUGGGUUUUGUCUUUCAUGUCGGCAUGGGGAAGGUGUCAUAGCAGGAGCCGUUUCAGACUGCCGAGAUGUGGCUUAGAUACAUAAAAUGACAGCAAACCUCAGUCACAGCAGUGUCAACAUCUACAAUAGAACCAUUUGCAAAGCAGAAAUGUGACACUAUAAAAUAUGAACCAUAAAGCUUGUACAUAGUAAUGUAGCUGUUCUGAAUAUGUUUUGUAUAGUAUUAUAUACAGUGGAUGUAAUUGUAUGAUGUAUUUAUGCAGUGAUUACUGUGAUCUCUGUAUAGAUAAAUGUACAAGUUAUAUUACCCACAGCAUGUAUCUGCCUUGUGUAUUAUAAUAGGAUGCGUAUUUUGUACAGUAAAACUAUUCGUAUUAUUGCAGUUUUGCAGUGGUGUGUAAGUGUUUUAUUGUUCUGUGUUAUAAAUAAACACUUUCCAACAUA